AUGGGCGACCUGAUCUGGCGCCGGGCAGAUGUCUCACGGGGGCCGAAGGACAAGGAGGCCUUGGCGAGUGAGCUCGGCAGCGCAGAGGCGGCGAAGCUGGCUCUGAAGGCUUUCGGGGCGGCGCCGGCCAGGUGGAGAGAGAUGUUGUUGGAAACUCUAACAAGCGAGGAGAUUGCUACUAAAGUUCCUCUGCUACGGUACCAGGGAGGUGCUGCGUCUCGCCCCAUGCUCUGGAAAGUCACGGGCGCGAACAGCGGGAGGGUGACAGGGGUGAUGUGUCGGGAGGGCGCCGACGGCACUUUCACCGCUGGAGAUGGAAGAUAUUCAGUUAACUUCGGUCUGCACAGUGGGGAGCCGGUAGCGGCUACAGGCGAUAAGGUGUUGGGGCUAAUCGGCGAAGCGCGUACAAAGCUCCUGAAGUCCAAGCUAUGCAAGAACGGGGAGGUGCUGCCGCUGAAAGAGAUUAGGUUGGGACUGGUUAGCUCGACACGCACUGUGAAGGAGCAGCGAAGGUGGGUUGGAGAUGGGAGGGUGAUUGAGUGGAAGGGGGUCAUCAAACAGAGGGACUCUCUCGCCACCCCCGCCCGGGCACGAGAAAUUUUGCUGAGGCUGCACUGUAGGAAUCUGCAAGUAGGGGAGCGGCUUUUCUUUAUGGAGGAAAAAGUGGUCUGUCCACACUGCGAGGCGGAGGAGACACUGGAGCAUUGCCUGCUCGGCUACCCGGCGAUUCAAAAGGUGGUGCGGUUCCUGCGGAGAGGACUGGCGGAGAUGAACCCGCUGUUGAACUGGCAGGGUCUGGAGGACGUGCUUUUCAUGCAGAAGAGCAUGAAGUCUGGUUUCCCGGAGAGUUCGUUCAUUGCCACCACACUACACCAGGUAUGGCUGGCAAGAUGUGAUGCAAGUCGUUGGAACAUCAAGUUUCAGCCGAAGAAAGUGAUGCGUAUGGCGGUGGUUAAAUUUGUCGCGCAUGCCAGGGUGUACUACCUGGCAAGGCAAGUGGCAGCACGGAAGCAUGGCGUGGCUGUUUGUAAUAAUGACUGGAAGCAUCUGCCAGCAGACAAGGAGGUCGUAAUGAGCAUGGCGACCAGUAGGAUAGCACUGCCUGCGGCUGAAUUCCCCCUCCACGUGCCAGUGGGCAUCGGUGGGUACGGGGUGACGCUUGAGAUGAAGGACUACGAAGUCCUUCGCGACGAGAAGGCCGAGUUCACAGAACCUUGCUUCGACCUCGGCCUCGCGUACGAGCUCGAUCGUCUGGGAAAGGGCGACAGCAUGAUCCUGAUCCGCGGUGCGAGUCUUCGCGCUGCCAGGACGGCGUCGAAGGCGGACCAUCUGAUUUUCGGGUCGGCCUUCGGCUUCGAAGCCCUCGCCAUCCCCCUGUGCACCGGUGGCGGACCUCUUCCCGGCAGGCACUGCAGCGUCCUACUUGUUGUGCGCCCUGGCGACCUGCUUUUGCCCGACGAGGAGGAGAUCGGGACGUUCUACCGCCACCUCGACCCCAAAACCUCCUCCAAGCGGCACGAGGAGGAGGCGGCCAACGUUUUGAGGUUUUUCGGCGAAUGCGUGAAGGCGGAGUUGAACCGUGGGGGAAGGCAGUGGACGGCUGCGCCUCCUUCCGCCAAAGUCCUCUCCGAACGUCUGGAGAGUCUUGCCGCCCCCAUCCGUGAUGUGAGUUUCCAACGUCCAUGUCGCCUUGUCGCCUGGGCUAUCGUCGUCCAGGAGUCGACUCACCCUUUUCUUCGGCGCCAUGUGCUUCGGAUGUUGAUGCAGAAAUUGCCCGACAUCCUCAAGGAGGAGGUCGCCGGCACGGGGCUGUUGGCGGUCAACGCGUUCGCGCGGUCGUUGGAGCAUCUGGACGACGUGCAUCGUAGCUACGAUCCGCUCAUCGUCGAGAACCCGAAGAUGGUCGGCUUGAAGGUGCUCCGACUGGAGCUGUUGCACCACGCGGAGAAGGCCGCGUCGAACAAAGGGGAGGCGGCGUCAACCGUGGCCCGUGGCGUCGGAACCGCCAUCGCUCUGGGUGGGGAGGAGGAGCACGAGAGGGAGGACGUCGAGGGGGGCGGGGAGCACGACGGUGGCUCGGAAGAAGAGGAGGACGUGGAGCGUGAGGAGGACGACGUGGCUGUCACCGGCGAAGAGGAAGCAGUACAGUUCGCCGGUGAGAAGGUUGCGGAUAAGAGCGGCGGCAGCGGACCCAAUUUGGGCAAGAAGGCCCGGGGCAGCAGUGGCUCGACCCCGACUAGGAUGGCGUCAAAGGCGGCUAUCGAGCGCGUGAAGGCGGCGGAGAGGGAGAUCAAGAAGCUGAGGGAGGAGAAGCUGGUGGCGGAAAAGAGGCUGGAGUUCCAGACGGCCCGGAACGACACGAUGUACGGCGUGGUCACCUCGGCCGUGAACAAGCUCACUACAGUCGCCGAGGGCGUGACCCAUCUCGAGCAGACGUCGGGGAGGAGCAUCCAAACGGCGGUGGACGCUAUGAGGGCGGUCGUGCAGGAGGCGGUGAGCUAUCGCGGCUCCACCCUAGAAUUCAUGAACACGCAGUGGCUGCCCACCGUGCAGGCCCUGCACUUGACGGCUACUGCUGCACAGGGUAGGCGACGGGAGGACGACCUCCUGCUGCUUCGAGGUGUGGCAGAUGCUCUUGGCCAGAAGAUCAAAACAGUCGUGUCUGCCGAGGCGGUCGACCAAGGAGCAGAGGCAGCGAACGUCGCGGCGGCGACUGCAGGGCCGAGUGGCUCAACGGUGGAGGCGGCUGUGUGGAGAGCGGCGGAAGAGGCCGGCGGGGUGGACGAAGAGAUCCUCGCCAGCAUCGUGAUGCCGGACCCGGAAAUUGAGGUCAUGCGGGAAAAACUACAAGCAGCAGCUCCCACCGUGGGAGCGCAACAGGGUGCACCAGCCGCCUCGACUGCUCCUGCGGAGGACCAUAGCGCGGCUGGCGCCAAAUCCCCCCCGGCCACAACCGGUGAGGACCGCGAUGGGAAGCAGAAGCGCAAGGGCAAGGACAAGGCGAAGGGCAGCCCGGCGAAGGUCGGCUCUUCCAAGGGGACGUCCAAAGCGGCCGCGCAGGGUCGGAAGGGUUCAGGCGUCCGCGUUGACCCUUCAAAUGGGCUGGCCGUCUCGGAGAUGAAGUUUGGGAAGAAGAGCCGUUACAUCUGCCGGUCGAUGGACAAGUCUGAGGCCGCCUACUACAUCGCUGUCACCGUUUCGUCGUUCGACGACUUUGUCAUCGACGUGGUUCUCGAGGAGUUCGGUGGGGUCAAGGAGGAAGUGAUGGCGCAGUAUAAGGCGGACUGGAAUGUGGCGCGAUUGAUUCCGGGGGGCAUGUGGAUGGUCAUGUGGAGCCAAGGGGCGAACGUCUUCCGCGACAGGUUCCAACAGGUGGUCGCGGAAUACAACAGGAUAACCGAAGCCGACCGCGCAGCUCUCAUGUUGGCUCUUCGCCCGGCGGUGUGGUUCGGCGACCUUCCGGAGUCGACCGAGCCCGAGAAGGCCGCGAAGAAGAAGGUGGCGAGCGACAUGAUCGCACGCGUUUCGAUGUGUGCCGCCUUCGCACCGGUGGCCGCGAAAGUGACGCCCAUUCCGGGCGUCGGGUCGGAGCGGUUGUCCGAGAUCCUUGCCGGUACUGCGGCCAUGGUGUGGUGUUUUUCGGAGACCAAUGCCACGGCGGAAGUAGCGGCCGGCGAAGGGGGGGCGGCAGCGACCGUGCGCGGAGCGUCCAACGAGUUCGCGAGUCGGUGUCGGACCGUCAUCGAGGCGGUGCUUCAGCGGGCGGCCUCCCGGGUGGUCGUCGUAGGGGAGGUCGCCGAAACGGUGACGAAGGACCUGCAGGCGGCUGUGGUGAGGUCGCUGCCUGAGGUCGGAGAGGAGCGAGAGCACGACGAGCUGAUCGCCCGUGUCAUGAUAGAGAACCUCGCCUUCUGGGGGGACUGCAAUGUCGGAGGCCCAAAGCUCAAGGCUCGCGGCGUCGAUUUGCCUAUCGACCCUCAGAUGAAGAUUAUCAUUCGGGACAGGGGGACGAGGGGGCAGCAGCACAAAGGGAAGCAGGUCGCCGACGCCUAG